AUGGACUGGACCGUCGCGAAUCUCUUUGUUGCGCCGUCAUCCACCACCCCCAAGGUUGAACUGCCUCCUGCCUCCUGGGUCGCGGCUCUCAUCCUCUAUCACCUUCAAGCGAUUCCCUGCAACGCCCACACCUACGCCGAAACCGUACUGCCAAAGUGCCAGCAGGGCGUCAGUCUCACCGCCUCCGUUGUCCGUCCUCUGGCCUCCUGUCUGUAUCCCACCCUUUCGCUGGUCAAUCACUCCUGCGAUCCAAAUGUCCUGCGUGUC